AUGCGAUGUCACGUCAGCAUGAAUGGCUUCGAGUUCCGUGCAGUAGUUUUCAAUGCUGCCAGCGCUGGAAAUCUUCGAAGGCUCAAGGUAUUUUUGGAUGGACGCACGUCGAAGCCUUGGCUGGAUAGUUGUUUGAAUAGCACGGAGAGCGACAAAAUUCCGCUCGUUAUCGCAUCUCGGAAUGGGCACGUGGAUGUUGUGCGAUAUCUGCUACAAAAAGGAGCAGAUCCAAAUGUAGCAGGCACAGUUUCCUUUGAUGGUGAAACUAUCUUGGGGGCACCAGCACUAUGGGCAGCUUCUGCAGCUGGGAAGUUCGAGGUAGUACGCAUUCUUGUUGAAGAAGCUGGUGCAAAUAUCAACCAGACUACGAAUACCAGCAGUACUCCUCUUCGUGGUGCAUGCUAUGAUGGUCAUCUGGAAAUAGUCAAAUACUUGGUGGAACACGGUGCGAACAUCGAGAUAGCAAAUCAACAUGGUCAUACGUCGUUGAUGAUAGCCGCAUAUCGACAGAAAGUUGACGUAGUCAAGUAUCUGAUUAGUUGUGGGGCUGAUGUGAACAGGAGCAGUAAAAAAGGUAACACUGCCAUGCAUGAUGCUGUCGAGGGGGAAAACCUUGAAGUUUGUGCACUUUUACUGAAUGCUGGCGCUCAUCUUGUACCCGACGAGUUUGGUGUGUGUCCUCUCAUGUGCGCGGUGAUGAUUGGUGCUGACGCAAUUUUGCCUAUGCUCUUGGAAUAUUGCGACUCGGGUGAAAAACAGCGAGACGCGCUAAAAUUACUAGGAUGCACGAGAGUGGAUAAAAAGAUGGAUAUGGUUGGAGCUAUUGAAGCUUGGAAUAAUGCACUGCAAGUACCACUGACUGAAGAAGAGCAAAAACAUGUGGAAGAGGCGGUUGAAAGCUUUGUAGUUGCACCAGUAUAUGAGGGGCAUAAAGAAAUACAAACUUUAGAAGACCUUGCAGCAAUAGAAGACAGUCCAGAUGCUAUACGUUUGCAGUCUUUGCUCAUCCGCGAGAGAAUCCUUGGUGGAGCACAUGCUGAUGUUCACUAUUAUCUUCGAUUUCGGGGAGCUAUCUACAGUGAUCUUGGCAACGUUGACAAGUGUUACGAGCUAUGGAGACACGCGCUGGUUUUGCAGCAAACACAUCUUACUCCGCUACACAUGUCCACACAAACAAUGUUUCAAGCGUUUUUGGAAACUUUUCUCCACACACUCAACGAUCGCGCUAUCCACAUGGAACUUGCUGGGCGACGUAAUGCACCACCAAAACAGGAUAGUGUCAGCUUUGUGUUCGAGAGGGUUUGCCUUGAGUUGGAAAGGCUUGCUGACUGGGGUGAGCGACCUUUGUCGGACUUAUGCAACUGCGGUGAAGAUCAUCUCCAUAGUUGCGAUGAUGAAAAAAAGCGAGUUGUGCUGCUUGGACUACAGCUACUAGCAUUGAUGAAUCGACUUUCAUUGCCAAUGCAUGACGAAGAAGAAGAGGACGAUGUUGUGUACAUUUGUCGCGCAUCUGAAACAGUAGAGGUUGACGUUCGCCGUUUCGUGGAAGUUUGUCAAACGUUGAAAAUACCGCUGCUUCAUUACGCUGUCAAAGAGAUUGAUACUGUGGAAUUUGAUGGAAUGCCAUCGUACUUUGUUGUCGAACGCCUUCUUGCAUCCGGUGUUUGUAUCAAUUCCAAAGAUGCUGAUGGUGACACAGCCCUACAUGUGAUGCUCAAGAAUUCUCAUCCACGGAUGAGCGUGGUCCGCCUCCUUCUAGAAUACGGUGCCUACGUUCUGGCGCGUGAUGCUGAAGGGAAAACUUGCCUUGAUAUCAUCAGUAAUCGGAAUGACCAUCUUCUCCAGCCAUUCUCAAUUCCCAUGCGGCUAGGUAAGUGUAUCACAUUGAAAGGAUUGGCAGCAAAUGCGGUACGAAGAAACAAUAUAGAUUAUGAAAAUGUGAUACCACAAGACUUGAUAUAUUUUACAGAACUGCAUUGAUAUGUAUAUCUAAAUUCUCGAAUCUUGAUUACUAGUCAGAUUACCCCUCCACACCUCUUUUUUUUUAUUUGUUACAGAUCAGCCAUCCUUACGGGUUCCUUGUCUUACUUGUUUUGAUUAUUCUCGAAGCUUGUUUUUCUCAAAGACGGGAAAUAGAUCUAUUUGAAAAUGCUCCGCCGCCCCGCCCAUUAUAUUUGCGAUGUUAGCCUUUGUUGUAUUGUACACUGAAUAACAGGGAUGUGCAGCUGUGCGUAUUGUUUGCUUGUAAAAUUAUGUAGUUUCUGCAUGCAUAUUAGGCUGGAACCUGUGAGAUGUUAAGUUAACUGAUACAUAGCUGCUUUUUGGUAUGCCGAUGUUACAAAGCUUUGAUUUUAAAUUAAUUUAGAAGUAGCACAACAUUUGGUAUGCUUUCGGCGUGCCCUGUAUACUGUACUUAAUGAAUAUAACUUUCUAAAUCAUAAUGGGCUUGUUAUAUCUGUUUUGAUCCGUAUUUUUCACGUCAUAGUUCCAUUAAUAAAUG